CUUAAGAUGGCGGGCGCGAGGGCAAAGGAAGGAAAGUAGGAGGCCAGCGGGCGGCGUUUGUUCUGUUCAGAGGCCGGGAACUCGGGAUUUAUGACCUCACCCAUCUAAAGCCGCCCGGGGAAAUGGCUCCGAACUCCCCGUUUGGAACCGGCGUUAAGGCUUCGGGAGUUCUCAACGCGUCCGAGCGUUCUUGAACCUUAGAACCAGACUCAUUUACGGGCAGAUCCUCUCCAAGUAGGAUGUAGAAAAUGUCCGCAGCUCGGAAGCUCGUUGAGUUCGCUCAACGCGUCCCGCUCUCAAAGACCCUCGCGGGGCUUCCUUGGCGCGCUACUCAAACUGCGGAGGCAAAAUAAAAGUAUAUCUGAUUUUUGCAAACGCCAGGAUUCCCGUGCCCUUUGCAGCAAAAACUCUAGUGCCGCUCUCAGCUACCAGGCCCCUCUGUUCCAGGGAACCUCAGGCUGAUGCCCAUCUCAGCUCGUCCACGCCUGCAAUGGGAUGAUUCUCUGAAUCCCUUGAGGAUUAGUGUGGGCAGUCUUCCAGUGCUGGCGUCCAUGACCAAAGCAGCUGACCCCCGUUUCCGCCUGCGUUGGAAGGCCAUUGUGGUGACCACUCUGGCCCUUGUUGUUGUGUUGCUUCUCCUUUGUUUCCAGCGUUCAUCCCCUGUGAACAGGCCAGUUCCUCUCAAUGUUCAUACCUGGAGGUUCAAUGUUCUAUCCAGUGAGAGGUAUAAUGACACUUAUCCACUGUCACCAUCCCAGCGGAUCCCAGAAGGUGUGCGGUACCGUAUUGGACUCAUUGCUGACCUUGACACAAACUCCAAGGGUCCCAGUGAGCACACCUGGUUCAGCUACUUGAAGAAGGGUUAUCUCACACUGUCAGCCAGUGGGGACCAUGUGUCUGUUGAGUGGGAUACAAAGGACCAUAUAUUGGAAUCUCACCUAGCCGAAAAAGGACGUGGCAUGGAGCUUUCUGAACUAGUAGUCUUUAAUGGUAAACUCUAUGCUGUCGAUGAUCGAACCGGUGUGGUCUAUCAGAUUGAUGACACAAAAGUAGUACCUUGGGUGAUAUUAACUGAUGGAGAUGGCACAAUUGGCAAAGGAUUUAAGGCAGAAUGGUUGGCAGUGAAGGAUGAGCACCUCUAUGUGGGAGGCCUGGGCAAGGAAUGGACCACAACUACAGGAGAAGUGCUCAAUCAAAAUCCAGAAUGGGUGAAAGUCAUUGGCUACAAAGGUGACGUGGCUCAUGAAAACUGGGUGGCCAAUUAUGAUGCACUCCGGACUGCAGCUGGGAUUAAAUCACCAGGUUACUUGAUCCAUGAAUCUGCCUCUUGGAGUGAGAGACUGCAGCGUUGGUUCUUCCUGCCACGCCGUGCCAGCCAUGGGCGCUACAAUGAGCAGGAGGAUGAGCAUCGUGGCACCAACUUGCUUCUUAGUUCCACACCAGACUUCACUGAUAUCUCUGUGAGCCAUAUUGGUGAUGUCAUUCCCACCCAUGGCUUCUCCUCCUUCAAGUUUGUCCCUGACACUGAUGAUCAGAUAAUUGUGGCAUUAAAAUCUGAAGAGGAUGCUGGACAUGUGGCAACCUAUAUCACUGCCUUCAUGCUGGAUGGACGUUGCCUGUUACCUGAAACUCGCAUUGGUUCUGUCAAAUACGAGGGUAUUGAGUUUAUCUAAUUAAAAGAAGUCAUACUUUUAAGGAGAUCAUAUAAACUCCUGAGAGAUGGCAGAAGUUCUGUUCCUGUUUAUUACUCUAAUUCUACUUCUGCUGCAGAGCAUUAUGGGACAUUGAAGUGCUUCUCUUGGCAUAGUUUUCACCUCUGUAAAAAGUACUUUGCAGUUGUUGCUUGUUUCUGUGCUGACCCCUAGUGGUACAAAGUGUGUAGUGCCUGUACAGCCUUUUUUUUUCUCUGUUCCGUUGCAUCCUAGGAUUUAGCCCAUUCCUCUCCUUUAUUCAACCAUGCUAUUAAUUUGGCAGAGCAAAUCUAAUGAAUUGCCUUAUUCUUCCCUCCUCCCUCUUGUCCCCUUACUAUUCACACGUGCCUUUGCUGAGAAGAGAAAGUCUUCAAACCCAGUUAUUCAGCAAAGAUAUUAGUCAAACAUUUGCAAGGUUUCCCUUUGACUCUGCCUAUUCCUGCAACAGUCAUUUUAAUGUUGUCUGCACAGGUACCUCUUUUUGAUAGGAAAUUGCAGGUGGGACUUUGGCCUGUAAUCAGGAAACUUUGUGAUAACAGCAGAAAAGGAGCUGACGCCAUAACCUGGAACUUUUUGGAACAAAAGGCUCAUCUUCUGUUUUGGAGGGUUCGGUUCUGCCUUUAUCUUUAGAAGCAAAGUGAUCCCUUUUUGGUAAUCUUAGUAUUGAGAUGUCAAGCUUCAUAUACCUAAAAGAUAUAUAUAUAUACGAUAUAUAUAUAUAUAUAUAAGCCAUAAUUGGCUUUCCAGUUUUAAACAUUACAUUUUCAGGAUAUGUACUGGAGUGUUCAGGUCAUAGUUUUCCAUGAUCGUUCAUUUAAAAAAAGUAGUUUUCAGUGUUAGGAAACGAGCUCUUAUGAGAAUAUUGUAGCUGGAAUCGGAUUCUCAAGUUAUUCCAGCUACAGAAUUUUAAGUACUGUAUUUUCCGGCGUAUAAGACAACUCGGUGUAUAAGACGACCCCCGACUUUGGAGCCGAUUUGCAUGCUUUAGAAAGUCGUCUUAUACGCCAGAAAAUACGGUAUUCUUCAUUUCUCCCUUAUGUGUAAUAAAAUGGGCAAGUGAGCUUCCAUGCUUCCAUGUCUCUUCCUCAUUGUUGGACAUUUUCUUGAAACUUUAUUUCAAUCCUAGCACUAUGUCUUAUUUUUCAAAUAAAUUAUCAACAGCUUUUAUAUUUUGAAAAUUACCUGAACUUACCUAUACUUACCUAUAUUUUUUAAUUACCUGAAAUGAAACAAAAAAUGUGUUGACAGUCAUAACGUGCCAGCUUUUAAGCAGAUAAGAUAAAAAUAUAUGUUUAAGAAACACAAAUAUUAAGGAACACUUUGUAGGAAGAUGAGCUACAGAAACUCCAAAGAAAUGUAAUGAUUUUUUGGGUAUGCCAAAAUGUAUAUAGUUGAAGCCUAUGCCAUAAAUGUGUGUGAAUAUAAAAGAAUGUGCUUUAUUCCAAA